AUGUUAUACGUGGGAGCGGAUGAGAUGCUGCAGGAUUGCUCCGAAAUGGAUGAUCACAGUACGGUUGGCGCAUCCGAUAUAAUCCAGGAUUAUAAACGUACCGGUGGUUUUUUGCCACGUACAUAUAGUGGAAGCAAUACGUUGGAAGUGGAUACUACAACUCGUCACAUUACCGGUGCAACACCAGUCCGUCUGAAUGGUAUUUGUCGGAGUAAUACGAGAUUAUCCUCUGCGGAUAGUAACAGCUCCCUGGGCUCAAGCUCCUCAUCUGAUGAGGCCUCCUAUAAAGUUAUCGCUGUUUCGCAAACGGCUAGAGAUUUCUGGAUCGCACUAACAGUAUUCCAUGGGCGUUUGGUUGCGUUCAGUUUCCAAUUAUCCGAAGCCGAGAAUGUCGUGAAAGCACAGGAUGCCAAAGUUUCACCAAAGUCGCAUUCUCCGCAACAACAUUCGAUUGUGGGCGAACAAGUAGAGCCGAGAUUGUUGUCUUUGUUAAACAGUUCGCGAACUCCGCUGGCACAGAUGAACAGUGCUCGAUGCUCUGUAGGUGCUGCUUUCGUCGAUGGCAAAAUUAUUGUCUGUGGUGAGUACUCUGCCCAUAUCUCUAAACUUGUUUUCCAAAGAUGUGUUGUUCACUAA